CCUGGGCUUGCAGUUGGGUCAGGCUUUAUCCGGAUUUCGCCUGCAGGCAGGCAGAGAGAGAGAGAGCUCGUACAGUGUCUGUCAGUCGGUGGGCGAGCGCAUUUCUAUAUCACGGGGUCGCUGCUGCUCGCGACUCGACUCGACCUGUGGUCGGUUGAUGUGAAAGAGCCCAGCUUGAAGUAUGAUGGUGGCUGAUUAUAUGAGGCAUCGCUGCACAGAAGGAGGAGCAUGUAGAUCUGCUGUAGGCGUGACUGUGAUGUGAUUUCCACGACAAUUGCGCAGCAAUUCUGUGUUGCGCCGUGCCAUCCAGCAGCAGCAGCGAGAGCAGCGAGAGCGGCCUUAUUAGGCACCUGCCACUGCCGAGCCAAGACCGGGUAACGAGGAGAUGAAUGUUACACCAGUCUAGCCGAUUACGAGCGCAGCGAUCGCGACACUUGAUUGAAGAAGCUGAGCAGCGAAUCCGACUGAGAUAGAGUCUUACUCGUAUUAUCUAUCCUCCUCCUUGUCCUCCUGCCUAGUUUCCCCGCCUUCUUUCAGAUAGGGCAGUGCACUCUCCGUGCAACCAUUCCAAUCCAAUCCAAAUCUCCCAGCUCUCGCUGCUGGGCUCCCUUUCUCCCUUUCUCCCUUUCUCCCUCCCUCUCUCUCUUUUUCUUCUUCAGAAUUUCUUCAGAAUUUCUUCUUCUCUUCGUCGUUGCCAUAGCUUCCAGACCCACAGAAUCAGAGACAUACAGACAGACAGAUAGACAUACAGACUGCGGGCAGAGGGUCGGAGCCACAUCCUCACAGAGGGCCAGUCUUCAAAUUUCUUCGUAGAAAUCCGAGAUAGCAUUCAGUUCCUCUGAUUCCAUCACCACCCCACUCUCGAUUCUUUGCGGGCGGGCUCACGGAGGAGAGAUUUCGCUCGUGGGAAAACAAUAAUCCGUGAUCGUCAGAGGCAUUCAUCCAGGCCUCGGUCAAUGUCUGCUGCGGACACACGCAUCUGCCUCUCCGCCUCCUCCAGCUUCAGGUGCGCUAGAUGCUAGAAUCCCCUCGAACCGGUUCAGCUCGCUGCACAUUGAGCCAUUCGUGACGCAAUCGCACGCAUCCAUCCAUUCGAGGUUUCAUCUCCGGAGAAGAAGAAUCUGGCUCUCGCUCUCACUCGUUCGUCCAGCCAGCGCCGAAUCGAAAUCCCACUCUUCGCUGGAGGAACACAACCGUGAUCAACCGUGAUUUGCAUCAAUCAGCUGCCGUGAAGUGAGAGCAUUGUCAGUCGGACGACGACGAUGGCGAGCGUGAACGUGAACAAUGGGCCAUCAUCGAACUUGAGCGAACCGCUGCUCGAAGAUGACAUCGAUGGACGGCUUCGAGAACGAGGCGACUACUGGUCGUGGCUGACGGGCGAGGUGAAGCAGCAAGUGCGCCUCGCUGCUCCCAUCAUCAUCGUCAAUCUCUUGCUGUUCUCCGUCAACUGCGUCUCGCUCAUGUUCGUCGGUCACCUCGGAGAGCUCGCUCUGGCCAGUGCUUCCAUCGCCACCGCCCUCGCCACCAUUUCUGGAUACACCGUGCUGAUGGGGAUGGCUUGUGCCCUAGAAACCUUGUGCGGACAGGCGUAUGGUGAGAAACAAUAUCCCCUGCUAGGAAUCUACCUACAACAAGCGAUUUGGAUCUUCAACUGCCUCGCCGUGUUGGUCGCGUUUAUUUGGCUCAACAUGGCACCGAUUCUCAAGUUCAUGGGGCAGGACGCGACAAUCUCCGAUGGAGCUGGCGUUUACGCUCGGUAUUUGAUUCCCACUCUGUUUUCCUAUGCCACUCUCCAGCCACUGGUGAAAUUCUUGCAGGCUCAGAAUGCAGGUCUGCCGAUGGCGAUUUUCUCCGCCAUCACCCUCUGCGGCCACAUCCCUCUCUGUUAUUACCUGGUUUUCACCAGAGGGCUGGGCGUCAGAGGUGCCGCCAUAGCCAACGGCAUUUCCGAGUGGCUCAAUGUCAUCUUUCUCGUUCUGUUCAUCAAAUUCUCCCCGAGAUUCAGUAGCACCUGGAGAGGAUUUCAACGACGCGCAUUCGGCGACGUAUGGAGGUUCUUCCGAGUCGCCAUUCCGUCGACUGUCAUGCUGUGCAUGGACGCCUGGACUUUUCAAAUCGUGGUGCUUCUGUCUGGUCAUUUGCCAAAUCCCAAGUUGGAAAUUUCGGCCCUGUCGAUCUGCUUGAAUACGAUCACCAUCCUGUACAUGUUCCACUACGGCCUCAGUGCAGCGCUCAGCAUGAGAGUUUCUACCGAACUGAGGGCCAAACGACCCGGACAUGCCCGUGGAGCUGUGGGAGUGACCCUCACGCUGGCAAUCAUCGAGGGCAUCAUCACUGCUGUGGGUCUCUACUCCUUGCGAUUCCUCUGGCCCCGGGUUUACACUCACGAUCCCAAAGUCAUCAAGUUCGUCGCGGCCAUCGUCCCAGUGUUGUCAGUAAUGGCCGUCGUCGAUGCCUUCGAAGGGACUCUCAAUGGCGUGGCAAGAGGAUGCGGAUGGCAACUCCUGGCGGCUUGCACGAAUUUGGUAGCAUUUUACGGCGUUGGUGUACCCUCGGCUGCAGUUUUGGCCUUCGUAUUCAAUCUGACUGGCAGAGGUUUGUGGCUGGGAAUUAUCAUGGGACUCUGCACGCAAGCAGUCAUCGUCGGGACCAUCACGUACUUCACGAAUUGGGAAAAACAGGCCCAGAGAGUCCGGGAACGGGUCCAGCGUGAAGUCCUGCCCACGAUAUGCGAAAAUGACGAGGAAGAGCAAUGAUCGGCCACAAUCGCGCACGGCAUGAGGCGCGCGCGCACUUGUAAUCUCGUUCAAAGCUGCCAGCGACAGUAUUCCAUACCCAGCCCUGUACACUGUUAGAGAUCCUGAUUCUGAGCCGCAUCUCCUGCCUGCCUGCCUGCCUGCCUGCCGGUGGGGAGGGAUUGUAGUAGUAGGCCCACUGUAUUUCUCAGCUCCCUCGAUCUCAUCUCAUUCUCUGCUGAAGCCCGACAAUUUUUUCAGCAGUAACUUGCGGAAGGCCCAAUCAUAGUAGUCCCCACCCCGCCCCACCUCGCCAAACUCGUUACGACUGCCCGGGUUCAGUUGAGAUCUCGAGCGAGCGAUCUAGCUAGCUGGAGUUUGAGAUGCCAUAGCUUCUUUGACACACGAUAGCUGAGAGCGUACAUAUCGGAAUCCCUUUCGAGCCUCGUAGGCUAGAAUCCCUGUCACAUGUCUGACGACCUUCCCUGGCCUUAGAGGAUCGAUUGUCCUUCUGGAAUGAGUGCCAUGUACGAAUAAUGAGUCCUUUCAACACAUUACCAAAAACCUUACGACAAUCAGCAGUCAAGGACGGCUGAUCCCGCCUGCCUUGAUCGCUUUAUAGACCGGCUUACGAGCUUCCGGUUGACAGGGCGCACAUGCCCAAGGCAUGAAGUGGCCGUGUCCAAACGCGCUUGCUCGUAGGACGCAAUUUUGAGCUUCUGGUGAGCCAUUCAGCGAGACGUUUCAAUUAGUCUUGUAGUUGAGCCAGACCUUUGGCGGUUGGAGUAUACGUACCUAUAUAUCAUCGCAUAUCUGGCUGCGGUGGUGACAUAAAUUGCGAGUUUAGCAUCGUCCAUAUGUACUAUAGUUAGGACCCCCUCGAUGAAAUGCAUCGAGACGAAGCUAGUUUCUGUAGAUUAGACAGCAACGUGACACGAGUAGAAGAGUGCCGAAUCCAUGAGUGCUUAGAUCCGUUCGACCACAUCAAAAAAAUUGUAGCAUGCGUACCUGUGCGUGGGCGAUGUUGGAAUAAAAUUUUGCCUUGUCACU